AUGACUCGAGACACCAAGUCUGCGUGUGAGGUUGGACAACAGAGUCUGUUCUACCAUGGUCAAGCGAAGGAUUUUGUCGACCUACAUGAACAAGUCGAGACGAGCGUAAAUCUUCUGGAUUCUCUGGAAUCAUUUCUGUCUACAUUUCAAAAGGACCUUUCUUCUGUAUCCGGUCAGAUAUCAGAGCUACAGGAAAGGAGCAAAGACAUCGACAACAGGCUGAAGAGUCGACGCAGAAUAGAGAAACCGCUUUCAAGUCUUCUGUCAGAUCUCGCUAUACCUCCGUCACUUGCAAUUAUUAUCUUAGACACAGAUGUCGGGGAGCCUUGGAUAGCGACCAUUACUAACUUUGAACGACGGUUGGAUCUUCUGAAAGUUCGUUCUCGUGUCAAAGCUGCCAGGGAUCUUGGAGACGUUGCAGAGGGGCUUCGAAUAGUAGCAGCUACGAAAUUACGAGCUUUCUUUCUCGCAUUGCUACAGCCAAUACGAACAAGUGUCACGACGAACAUGCAAGUUAUGCAGACUUCCAUCUUUGUGAAGUACAGAGCACUAUAUGCAUUCCUCCAACGGCAGGCGCCGAACGUUGCCGGCGAGUUUCAAAAGGCUUACACUGGUACAGCCCGUACAUACUAUGAGACUGGGUUUCGUCGCUAUGUACGCAGCCUAGGAUGGAUCAAGGCAAGGACCCCCGAGAAACCUGAGCCCAUUAUCUCAGGAAACGGAGACAAUGGUGGACCAUACCUAGAUCAAGAUCGUCUUGCAUACGCAAAGAUAGAUGGACCCAGCGUCAUUCUCGCCUAUAUGGCAGAUGACAAGACUCACGAAGAACCUAUCGAAGCCAUUCUCAGAUCCCUUUUUCUGGUGUUGAUGGAUAAUGCCACCGCAGAAUAUGCGUUCAUCGCCGUUUUCUUCCGUUCUGAGUCCAUUGCGCCCCCUCUUGCGAUGGAAACUAACAGCGCCCUAUUUUCACCCACUGCCACGCUUUUGUCGCCUGAUAUUGGCUUUGACGAUAGGAGGUCCAAUGCUGGUUCUGAAACUGGUACGCACGUCUCAAGACCCUUCGGCGGUAACGGGCACGGAACUCGUGAUGUGACAGCACGACCCGGCCUUAUGGACAAGGCUGAGCGUGCGCCGUUAGAUGCCAUUUGGAAACAAAUCCUAGAUCCCGUUCUAGAAUAUUGCAAGGUAUGGCAUUUUAUGACCCCUUCGUAUUUCCGAGGAACCAAUAAUACCCAGACUUUCGUGACCACCAUUCUUGAACCCAUGCCGCAGGCCGUGCCACUACUCACGAUGAUCCGACUCGCGGAGGCUGUAAUUACUGAAGUGCAGAAGAGGGACUGCUCGCCCCUGGAAAACUUUUUGUUUACCAUGCGGUUGCAGCUGUGGCCCGCGUUCCAGAAAAUUAUGUCGGAACAUUGUGAUUCUUUGAGGAAGCUUGCGGAAGGAGGAACAACUAGCUACUUCAACAGAGCUGUGUCAACGACGGAUGUGUCUGUUGCAAAUAUUUGCAACAGAUACGUUGUGAUGUUUAAUUCCUUCAUCAUUCUGACUGAUCAGGAAGAAGAGACCAUAAUUUUUUCCAACCUCCUUCGUCUUCGACAGGAGCUCACGAAAUUGAUCGCUCGCCACACGGAGAACAUCAACGACGACGUUGCUAAAGCUACCAAACAGUCGGCAAUGUAUGAGGUUCUUUUGCAGGGACUAAAUAAAGGGACCCAUUUGAGCACGCACCCCAAAUCUCAGAAGGAGAUAGCCUACUGGGCAGAGAAAGAAGAAGAGGCUCGACGCCGAAUAGUGUCCAUUGCUCAAAGUAGACGAAUUGGUAAGAGAUAA